AUGGACAUGGGAGAAAACACAGGUGCUUCCCAGCCAAGACUCUGUAAUACUCAGCCUUCCCCUGUGGAGUCCAGCCAGGUUGUUUCAGGUCAGAGCUCAGAGAUGCCUACCUGGAAACAAACAGUGAUGACAUCUGCAUCCUGUAGCACAGAGGAGACAGCCUGUACUCAGAACUCAACAGCACACCCAGGAAAAGCUAUUGAAUUCCAUUUUGGAGAGCCAAGUGAGACCUCUUCCUUGAACCAGCAAGUUGCGUUUGCUGAGCAGAAAAAUAUCCCUGCAGGCCCUCAGCUUAUGCAGCUCAACAGCAAUCCCAUGACUUGCCUCUUUCAUCCCCAGAUGACAGCAGUACUUGACACCGAGGAUACUUUCUACAAUGAUGGCUACUGUUUGAGGACACUGAGCCCUGACAAGACUGUCUUGAUCCAUAAUACAGGCAUGUGUGAGAGUCAGAGUACUACCUCUCAUAAUCAUCAAAUUGCUCUCUCUGGAAGCCAUGUAGGCCAUGACCCAAAAAUGGAUCACUUCCUUGCUUCUGCAAAUGACCAGACCCUCAGUGGUGACCUUCAGAUGACUUUCAAUGAUGACCAGACAUCCUACUACAGUCAGCUGACAACCAGGAAUGGAGGGCAUCUGACUCUCUAUGGAAAUCAGAUGACAGCACCCAGUUAUAGCCAGGCCCUUCAUCCCAAUGAAAUUCUAACCUCCCUUUCUGAACAGAAUCCUUUGGGAGAUUCACAGAGGAACCUAGUAGCUGAUAACAGAUCCUAUGGAGAUCAGAUGAUAACCCCCAAUGGAUACCAAGUUUUCUAUGAGCCACAGAAGAGAGAUAACUGUGACCAGAUAAAGCACCACUAUCAGAUGACAUCCUUCGGUGGUCAGAAAGUCUGCAAAGGUCAGGAGAGUCUCUUCAGUGGUGAGUACUCCCUCUCUGGGUAUCAGACAUCAGGCUACAGAUGUGACCAGAAUUUGAUUGAGAAUCACCAGGUGACAAGUCUAAUCGAUGGCCAGCCUCUCUAUGACUUUCAGAUGCCAAUCUUUGGUUUUGACACAAUUCUUCAUGGGACUCAGACAACAUUCAAUGCAGAAGACAGCCUGGAUUUUCAUUCAGAGAAAAGUUUCAGUUCUGAAGAGAUGUUCUACUUUAGUCAGAUGAGGGCCUCUCUUGAUCAGAAUGUCUACCCAAGUCAGAAUGGAACACCCAAUAUUGAUGAAAGCCUUGAUUCUCAGGUGACAUUACUUAGCAACCAAGCCCCAUAUGUGAGUGAAUCCUCAUAUCCUUCAAGUUCCCCUGUGAUAAAAAGACAACCUCAGGAAAGCUCUUCACCUUCUGGUUUGAUCCAGGAACAACAUCCAGAGAUGAAUUUAGACCUCAAGACCCAGAGCCAUGCGUUCAAGAAGACCCCUUAUCCUUUGAAACGAUACAACUGUACCUACCAGGAUUGUAACAAGUCUUACACAAAGUCUCAUCACCUCAAAAAUCACAUGAAGAAACACACUGGUGAGAGGGAUUAUGCAUGUGAUGAGACUGGAUGCCCAUGGUCAUUCUUCCGCUUAGAAGAUCUCAAGAGACACAAAAUAAAGCACAGUGGGGUGAGGCCCCAUACAUGUCCAGAGUGCAACAAAAGCUAUUCCAGAUUGAAUUAUCUCAACCAGCAUCUGAAGAGCCAUACUUAA